AACUCUCGCAGCGGGUCAGCCACUCCCUCUCAGCGGUCCUCCAUUGCGCCGUCUCCCACAGACACGAGAAGCGCAAGCGCAUACGCGCCCAUCACCGGCCGCGAUGAUGAGCGGUACUCGGAAAGUUACAACUCCACAGAUACUGUGAGAAGGAGACCGGAUCCCGCCACAUACGACACGUUCAGUCCGUCCACCGGGACUGCCUCCUCCUCGCAGUAUCUCGAGCCCACAACCUCCCACGAACGCGAACGACACCACGCACGCGGCGCCACGGCCGGAUCGCAACACUCUAGGUCCCCUAUGAUAGGGUCUACAGGCGAGAGGGGAAGAGUACGACCGCGCAAGCCGCCCAUGCCGCGACGCGCCUCUUCCAACGCUCAGGCGCCACACAGGGGCGGCAUUUUCUCCACCGAGGAUGCCUUGGAGGAGGUUGAGAGGGACCAGCAGGUCGAGCGCCAACAGAGCUACUCCACGCUCCGGCGACGAGCAAACGCCCCUCCGCCUCUGAGCAGGAUACAAUCCAGUCGCGACACGCCAGAGGGCGUUGAGGACACGGCUCCGAGGACGCCUGGGAUUGUGGAGGAGCAAGAUGAGGAGACAACCCCUGUUGCUCCUAUAAGGGAUGAGGGCGACAGGCAGGAAGAAGGAGAUGAUAGCCUGGAUGAGGACACCCCAGUCGACGAGGACGACGAGGACGAUGGGGACCUCAGCGACGCCGAGAGCUUCACCCUUAAGGACCGUCAGCAGGCCAUCAACGAGACACAUCCCUUUGGUAUCAGGCUGUGGAAACCUGCUCUGUACAAGAAGGACCGGUCCGUGCAGAAGAUUGCCGAGGGCGAUAUCCACAGCUCCCCUGGCGGGAGGGUCAAUAGCUGGCUGCUGCUGUUCAACAUCGUGUGGACCAUCUGCUUUGGCUGGUGGCUCGCUCUGAUCGCCUUCUCCGGCGCUGUGGUCUGCUUUAUCUUCGCCGCAACGCCUAGCGGGCGAGAGUAUGGUCGUGUGCUGUGGGGGUUAGCCGGUUACAUCUUCUACCCCUUUGGCAAGUUCAUCCGGCUCGAGCAGCAGGAAGCCUAUAUCGACGAGGACCAGGGCGAAGGACGGAGCAUCAGCGAGUAUGAGCAGUGGCAGAGCGGCGAUCUUGAAUACGGUCGGUUGUUCUUUGGGCCUGACCGCGGCCGCUCCAUCAUCGGACGGUCCAGGAGAAGCAUCGACUCAGAACCCAGCGAGACCGACAGCCUGCUUGGUCGUGGGCGCGGCGAUCAUGAUCACGACAGCGACCCCGACAUGCCCCGUCUCAAAAGACGUCUCUUCGGUCGUGGGCAAUGGAACAUUGGCCGAGUUAUCUUCUUCUUGUUCUUCUACCUUCUGAUUACGCCCUCCCUGUUUAUCGUCUCGGCGAUAUGCUGGUUCCUGGUCUUCUGGAUUCCGAUGGGUAAGGUGACCAUGCUCUUGUUUGAUCAUCUCCGGCGGCACCCACUGGCCCUCUCUUUCGAGCACGACAUCUCGUACGCGCGCGAGCCGGCAGCACCUCACUCAUCGGUCAUUGUCUGCACUUAUCGGGCUGUGGGACUGAAAUACUGGAAGUACACCAUUGACGGGACCAACAUCUUCCUUAUCAACCUGAUGGCCGUGGUGCUGUUCGUCAUCUUCGACUACCUCGUGCUGGAGGGCGUCCUUCACGUCGAGAGCUUCAUCACCUCGUCCGCCUUCUUGUUCGUCGCUGGUCUGUUCUCCAUCAUCCCGCUAGCCUACUUCAUCGGUCAAGCUGUUGCGUCUAUCUCGGCGCAGUCAUCCAUGGGCUUCGGUGCAGCCAUCAACGCCUUCUUCUCCACCAUUGUCGAGGUCUUCCUGUACUGUGUGGCCCUAAAGGACGGCAAAGGUGCGCUCGUGGAAGGCAGCAUUGUGGGCUCCAUCUUUGCCGGUAUCCUGUUUCUGCCUGGCCUGUCCAUGUGCUUUGGAGCCAUCAAGCGCAAGACACAACGUUUCAAUGCCCGCUCUGCAGGUGUCACGUCGACGAUGCUGCUGUUUGCCGUCAUUGGUGCCUUUGGGCCUACCCUCUUUUACCAAAUUUACGGCUCUCACGAGCUGAGAUGUGUCGACUGCGUAAGCUACGGACAGCCUGCGCAAGGAGCAGGCAGCGAUUGCCGAAGGUGCUACUUCAGCCAGACGCCUGCCCUCGACGAGCGCUUUUACAUCGAGGCCGUCCGCCCGUACUGCUACAUGGCGGCAGUGAUGCUGUUUUUGAGCUACGUUAUUGGUCUGUGGUUCACCCUGCGCACCCAUGCUGCUGUUAUCUGGAACACCGAGCAGGACGAGAAGAAGCACGAGGAGCAGCUGCGGGGCAUCGGCGGUCACUCUGCGCCUCGCAACGGCUAUCCUUUCUUGACCGAGUCGACCGGUACAGACAUUCGCGAGAGUCACAUCUACAAGAGAACCCUGGGCCAGACCCUUAGGCAGGUUGGUCUGCAGCCCAGUGGUUCUGGGAAUGGAACUGUGGCCACGCCGCACCUCCCGCCACCAAAGAACAACGGCAUCGGUUCCUCUGUGCACAUCCCAGGCUUCUCUGAUGCCGAGAAUAGCCAACUCGUGCACCAGAUUGCCGAGAUCGCCACGACAGCCGCUGCCGCCGCCGCCAGGGACGCUCGGGGUAGCGUGGCUAAAGGCACCGCCCCGAACACACCCCAUGUACCGCAGGGUCACUCUGGCACAGGGGGCAGCAUAAGCGCCUCCGUCCGUCCACCGCCAAUCAGGACUGCGACGUUCCCGGAUCACGAAGAUCCUCUGGGUGCCCACGCCGAUGCUGGCGGCGGCCAUGGUGGUCAUGACGCGCCGAACUGGAGCAGAUCCAAGUCUGCCGUCAUUCUGAUGGGCGCCACUGUAUUGUACGCCAUCAUUGCUGAGAUCCUGGUCGACACGGUGGAUGUUGUGUUGAAUGGCAUUGCUAUUGACGAGAAGUUCCUGGGUAUCACGCUGUUUGCGCUAGUACCAAACACCACGGAGUUCUUGAACGCCAUCUCCUUCGCUAUGAACGGCAACAUCGCCCUGUCUAUGGAGAUCGGUUCAGCCUACGCACUUCAGGUCUGCCUCUUACAAAUCCCCGCCCUCGUCCUCUUCUCUGCCAUCUACCCCAUCACGCCAGCCGACCCCUACGAAGCAGCCAAGUACACCUUCAGCCUCCUCUUCCCGCAGUGGGACAUGGUCACCGUCAUCCUGUGCGUGUUCCUGCUGAGCUACAUGUACGGCGAGGGAAAGAGCAACUACUUCAAGGGCUCGAUCCUGUUGUUGAGCUACCUUGUGGUUGUGAUUGGGUACUACUUCACUGGCUUCACUGCCGGCAUUGAUGCAAACCUCAACGGGGCGAGUAGAUUCGACACAUGGAGUGCAGAUGACGGCGCGUGGCUCAGCCAGCAGGCGGUCGGAAAGGAGACUUUCAAGACUAUUGGGAGGAGCGCCGGUGGCAUAGCCUUCUGAUGAUCAUUACGUUGGAACGGGGCGUUUUCAGGGGUUGUGGGGGUUAUUUUUCUUCAUUCUUUUGUUUCUCGUGCUGUAUGCCUGCCUGCAUUGCCUGUCUUCGAGUCUCCCGGCCUCGUGAUAGGUCAGUUAGAUAUAGCUUUUUCUGUUGGCUGAUGUGGGAGACAAGGCCUCUGGUGGUGUCUUGUUCUGCAGCUGCACACAUGCAUCGGGACGACCUUCUAUAUGUAUGUGUGUGAAACAAGAGACAGCAAAGUAUAUUCUUUGAUUUCUUGUAAUUUGGGUCUUGAAACUUUUGUGUGUGUUUUUUAUUUUAGAAUAGCGAGCGUGUAAAUUUUUGCCCGUCUUGUUGCUACUUUGG